AUGAAAGGAGGAACUCCAACGCCACAGACCAAACACACAGAUGGCUUGACUUCCAAAAAGGCAAAUACCUGUUUUGUACAGCCUAAUUGUACUUAAUUCUCCUUAGAUGUCGCUGGCAAAUUUACAUAAAGUUUAAUCAUCUUUUAAGUCAGUUAUUAAUUUUAUUGGCCAUUGGAUGGCAUAUGUACGCUCAUUUUUUUAUUCCCAGUUAAGUUGCAACCUGUUGGCUAAGUUAAUAGAUUGCUCAAUCAACAAAUGUUGUUAACAGAAUAAUUUUCAGUUUUAUUUAAAAAAGUAACGAUUUUUAUGGUUCUUCAAUUUCUACUUAAAAUAACUGGGCACCAAGGUUAACCUCGACAAGGAGGACAACACAACAAGGAAUGGAUGUGGAAGACAUUGCAAAGUAGUUUUGGAAAUUUUGGAAAAUGAGUCUGAUCCCAAAUAGCUAUGAUUGGUUUUGAAAUAUCUUAGUAAUGAUGUCUUAGUAGAGUUAUUAAUGCAAACCAGGGCUCAAAAUCAGCUUUUUUAGUUCAGUAGCCAGCCAGCAACUAAUGGGAAAAAUUUGGUUGACAAUUUAUUUAAUAUUAUAGCUCAAAAAGUGCUUUUAAGUGUUACUCCCCUUGCAAGAAAAAAAAGGUAGAGGCCCACACAAGCCAAAGGCCAAAACGGCCAGAGCUUAUCCUGGUUUCCUUAGCAUGAAGCAUGCCUAGGAGUAUUGCUACUCCCCCUUGGAUGGGAUGCUAGUCCAUUGCAGGGUUAUCCCCCAGCAGUAUGUCACUGCUACCCAUUUAUACCCCUGGGUGAAUAGAGACAAACCGGGGAUCUUAGGUCUUCAGUGAAAAAUCUGCUUGCCGUACCUGCUUUUAAUAUAAACAGUUAUGGCCGUCAUGCUUUUUCUGUUGCUGCGCCUCUUCUUUGGAAUCUUCCUGACUUGAUGACUUGACUGUCAUGUUUUUAUGUCUUAAUUAUGUUGUCUUUAGGUUUUGUACUUUUUUAUUGUGGUUUUUAAAUUUAAAUUUUACUGUAGUUUUAAAUUUUUUAAACUUGUAAAUAGUGCCUUUGGACCCCGGGAAAGGGUGUGUUUUAAAUGUUGAGCGUUAUUAUUAUUGUUCUGGUGAGUCACUAGCACUCAAUUCUUGGUUGCAUUGGCAAGCCAGUGAGUCACAAUUUUGAGCCCUGCAAGUUAUUAGGUAAACAGAACUAUUAUCUUAAUUUUUGAUAAUGCAUAAAAGACAAAAACAACAAGCAAAAUGCAAAAUGGCAGGACUAACUUUGCAUCUAAGUAAGGAGAUUAUAUGUUAAUAGGUUCUUGUAAUUUUUCAGCCUACUGCAGAACAGAUAAGAUAUGCCCAACUUUUAAACACAGAAGAUUCCAAAGCCAUGAAAGACAAGAUCAAACAGGUGCCAUUUUUUUACUUUGAAGCAGUUAUAAAAUAAUGUUAUGUACUUUGAAAAGCACUGGGUUAUAUAAGUGAUUCUAAAAGCAACUUGGGUAGUUAUGUAUUUUAUAUGAAAAUGCUAAAUUGAUAGAAUAUGUGACAGAGAUUUACCCUUUUUUGUAGUAUUCGAUUUUAGAAAUUGUAUGGUUGUUUAUAUUUAGUUCUUUGCUUAAUUGCAAGAAAAAUCAUUGAAGAUUGAUUUAAAAAGUGACAGUUCUGUCCUUAAUCAUAUCACAGGCAGUCAUUGAAGUACUGAUAUAAUUAUUUUCUCUUACCCUUUCCAAGCCCUAUAAAUAGUUGUAUUAACAAAAUUUUGUUGGAGUUUAUCUCUGUUUGAUUAAAGACUCUUAGUACAGUUUCAUUUGCCUUUCCCAACUUUAAUGCAAAGAACAUUCAAUACUUCAGCUGUUUAUUUUUUAGGUUUGUGAUGUCACAGGAUACGGUUAUGAUGAAGUAUGUAUUGCCCUGCAUGAUAACGAUUUUGACACAGAAGCGACAAUUAAUGCCUUGCUGGAAGGACGUCAAGACCAGGUUGGUUAUUUGGUAGUUUUAUAUGUGUCUCAAAUAAUAUUAUUGAUAUAGUACUAGUGCAACAUUGAUGAAUCUGCAGUAAAUCCUUAGACUACGAGCAGUCUCUCUUUUUUCUCUAGUCCGUCGAGCAAAACACGAGACAUGCAAAUGGCCACGCGUGUGACUGAUGGCGCUAGUGGGGAGAGGCACGAAAAAAGAGAGACUACCUGCAAAGCCAGAGAGAAUGGUCUUUCACGGUCUAGUGAUUUUUUUGGCGUCAAAACUGAAGUGUUGACAGGCCAGGCAUGUGAAACGUGACUUUGGAGUUUGAAUGAACAACAUUACACUCACGGACUAAAGAAAAGCGCUUAGUUAUUCAGAUCCAGAAGGCACUUCGGAGAAAAUUGGAACCCUUUAUUCAGCCGUAAUAAAAAAGCUUUACGCUUCAAAAGAGGUCAAAGAAAAUGCGCUUGUAUAAGAGGGAAAAUCCNGACUAAAGAAAAGCGCUUAGUUAUUCAGAUCCAGAAGGCACUUCGGAGAAAAUUGGAACCCUUUAUUCAGCCGUAAUAAAAAAGCUUUACGCUUCAAAAGAGGUCAAAGAAAAUGCGCUUGUAUAAGAGGGCAAAUCCUGCCGACCACAAACAAUUAUAGCUACAGUAAAUCGAUAUGUGUGUCAUGACCUCUCAGUAUGAAACAUGCGACUAAAAUCACAUUUGCUCAGUGAAAACGUAGAACCUUCCAGAGCAUAAUCUACCCAGCAGAGAAAAAAAACUUUAUUGGAAUAAGCAGCAUUUUGGCUGGAGGUAAAAGUCGUGUAGGCCUACCACCCCCAUUUAUUGCUAUUUCUAAAGUAAGACUACUGUUUUGGAACUAAGGUAUUCCUUGACAGUGAAGAGAGGCUUUGAGCAUUUAAAUUGUGCGAUCACAUCACAUACCCAGAGAGAUGAGACCUCCUUACGCUUCUCUUUGCUCCGUAUCUAAUGUUUUUUUUUUUCGGGAAACGUGAAAAACUUUCCUGCUCAGUGCUUCAGCCAUCAUCAACUUGUCAAUGGUUUUGAUUGUUGACAGUUUGUUGUCAACGCUUCACAAAUCAGCCAUUCGCAUUUUGCGUUGUGAGGCCAACGCUUAAUUCAUUGGCUCUGGCUAAACGGGCAGUCUCUCUUUUUUCUUCUUCGGGCUGCUGCCCUCGUUUCGCGCGUCUCGCGGCUUUGCCGCUCCCGUGUGUGUGCAUUGCUCUCACUAAAUCUGAAGAAAAAGAGAGACUGCUCGCAGUCUAUAAAUCCUUGUCUAAAGGAAGUGCCAAGAGACUGGGAUAAUGUCUCUAAUAUAAUGGGGGUCAUAAUAGCAAGAACUGCCAUUUUUUAAACAUUUUUUAUUUGGUGUGAAGAAUGUCAGUCAUUUUAUCAUAGUGUUCAAAGCUCAAAAAGACUUGUCUUGUCUUGUGACUUGUCAGCUUGUCCUUUGGACAAGCAGAUCUCAUAUGUUGCUUACCCAGGGCCACUUCUUGCUUGUCAAAGUUAUUGUUGGAUCAAUUUAGGUUUCCAGGAAACUGCCCACCUACCCCUCCCCCACGCUAACAUUAACACUUACUUCUCGCUUAGGGCAAAAUGUUGGCUUAGGGGAGGGGUAAGUGGGCAGUUUCCUAGAAACUUAAAUUGAUCCUUAUUGUUUUUGUUAGAGGAUGACUUGUGUGGGCCCUUGUCCAUCGCGCCCGUGAGCUUUAAAAAUUACUUGCCCAGCAAGAUAAUCUGCUUGUCCCUAACUACCAGGCAGGACUUUCUUCAAACCAUGCUAAUCUAUCAGGCCAUCUUUAGCCUUUUUUUGUGUACACAUGUUUGCAAAUUGGCAAAAUUUAAGGUGACUCGACCCAGUUUUUUUGGGGGGGUACCAUCCUACUUUGAAGCUCUCUGGUAUCCCCACCUUUACUUUUAUCGUAAGUCUAACACAUAGAAUGGAUAACAUAUAGAUCAAUCUACAAUAUAACAUAAAAUUUUUGGCAAUCGGAGUAAAUGUCACGUGGUUAUAAUGCCACGCCCCUUUGAGGUCUGAGUCGAAAAUCUGCUGUUGCCGGCAUUUUUUCGUGAAAAUCUCUCGGCUACACAUAGUGCGCAUUAGUGCCUUGCGCUGAACAGAGUUUCACCAAAAUCGCAAAGACCCAAUUCGAGAAAUUCAGCGGUUUCCAAAUUUAGGUCAUAAUUUAUGCGAAAAUGAUAAGCAAACUUUACACGGAUUAUAUCUAAUAAACUAUGAGAUUCAUCUCUUUAUUUUGGGCAUCGUUAUAACAGAUGGGUCCUUGCAAGUCAGCAAAACGCUUUAGGGCCUUGUAAAUGCGCGCGAUUUCGAGCAAAGCAAACAUAUAGAAAUUAUAGUUUUCGCUAUUUGUUGACGUUUGUCAGCGUUUAAGAGUCCUUCUCACGAAAAAAGCAUUUUCUUAAAAAUUCGUAGUUUUUUUUCCUUCAAAUUUUUUCAGGGCCACAAUUGAUUAACUAACUACCCGGACUCUGAAUUUCAUGGUCAUUGAAAAACUGUGACAUUACCUUCUAUAAGCCCAAACUUGAGUAAACAUUGAAGAUUUUUAGCGUUUUGGCUGAGUUUGUGCUUUGGGAGUUGUCUGUUGUUUCUAGUCUGUCAUUAUACAGCAUUCUUGUUCAGCACGCGUGCAAUGACCACGCUUGGCUGACUUCCGAAUGCUCACCGAGAUAUUCCCGUCACGACUUGGUUUAAUUAUUGGCUUGCAUUAAACCUAUGAAAAAAUGAUAUUUUUUUAAUAGUAAGUAGAUUUAGUGUGUAGCACUUCUUGAUUUUUUUGCAAAGGCACAAGAAGCACGAGAAUAAAAAUUAAAAAUUGAUUAAAAAUUGUGACUUUGACCUCUAUGUAUCACGCGAUGGCCUGUCUCACUGUACCAAGGGACGUGGCAGCACCUUGACCAAACUUGUUAGCGACUUUUCACCAAAGAAAUAGAAAAUGUCAUGCUUUGAGCAGCCCACUGAAAUGAAAGUUGCUGUAAUGUUGUAGUAAACAUUUCAUAUCAGACAGUAAAGAAGCCAAGAAAUGUUUUAAAAACUUUCUGGAAAUGUUUUAAAAUGAGUAGAAGGAGAAAGAAAAGGUUUGGAAAUUUAAAGCAUUCCGCAAAAGUUGAAAAGGAGAAUUCUUGUUCACUGUGAACUACUAAUUCUUUUACACAUUUGUUCAAGCGUGAAACAUGCAAGUUAUGUGCAACAUCAUUUUAAAAUCACUUUAUAUUUUCAAGUUUUCUCAAGGAAGAAAGUGAAAUUUAAAUUCAAAAAGAUUUUGGUCACAUGCUGGGCAAUUGGUUCUUGGCAGAUUCUGUUCAAUAGUGUAGCAGUACACACACGCUGAUCGUGGAAAGUGAAAAAAAGUGUUCAGAAUGUGCCAUUUUCAUCACACGUGAAUUAGCGACAGCUACAUUUGAAAGCUGGAAAAAGACAAGCAAAUAUCUCCUGAUUGAUUUUUUAAAUAUGAUCAUAACAUGCCGGGAUAUUUGCAAGAAGUGGGUAGCAAAAUUGCAGGGAACAAAUGUGUUCAUUCCUGGUUCCAAGAAUUUUAAGUCAUCAGCCAUUGCUGAAAAAUGUACAAAGCAAACUUAUUCAUUAUUGACAGCCAGGAAAAAAAUAAGCCUUGACAAAAACAGCCUAGAGAUUCAGGCUAAAAGGUGUCAUUUUAUUUUCAACCCUUAGGUAGUAUGAAGUGUUGCUUCAGAUGGUAAAUUUUACUAUUUACCGCUUGAGAACACUGAGUAUUUCCAAAGAAUUGCAUGUCUACUUAUGUGAAAUCCUUCACCUUUUUACUUUGAAGGUUCAUUUCCUUGUACAAGUUAUGAUAUUAUUGCUUUGUGUUAACAUUUGCUAGAGUGAAUGGGUCAUGAGAACAAAUAAAAAGAAGAAACAUCAAACGCCAGUCACUCAGGCCAUUGAUUCAAUCAUUCCCACAUCAGAAAUGGCUCCAUCACAGACAACUACAGCACCAUCGUCUAAACCAGGAGGACAACGGCAAAACAGAGGAAAAGGUUCUUUAAAUUUUUGUUACUUAAAUACAAUAUUUUAGCCAGACUAGACCUCUAUUUCUUAGUAUUCUACAUCUGCUUUCAUACAUAAGUCUGGAAAGUGUUCCCUACUUAAAUUAACACAUCCUUUAAAAAAAAAUCAACUCCCUACCUUAAAUUUGAAAUAAAUUACCCGGCAUAGCCAAGUACUUCCCUCCUCCAAUCCUAUACAGUGUACAAUUAGUUUUGAAUUACAUAUACAUCGUACAAAUUUCGAGACCCCUUAGUCACUUGCCAACCUGUUUUUCCAAUUUCAAAAAAAAAGGCUGUUGAACGUUUUUCAUCGUGGGGCAUAUACAUGUACUGUAAAUGAUCUACUAAAUGCCUGGGGUGUCUAUUCAAUUUUAGGGGUCCAAGUGGGGGCAUGUAAUAGAUAGGAGGUGUUUAGAAGAGGGAGGUGUUUAUUCUCAUAAAUAUAACAAGCUCAACAAAACUAAUAUGCUUUUGACAAUAGUAUCAAGAGUGUUUAAAAAUAAUAGUGGAGUAUCCACUCCAUCUUGGCCAUCUAGAGAUGCAUAUCGCUCUUUCAAAUCCAGGGUUUUCAUUAAGAAUUCUAGUAGCAGGAGAAAGGUGUUGCGUUACAGGAGAAUAUUUUGAAAGAGGCUCUAUAUCUGAAUAUAAAAUAGUCAUACUCUACAGAAUGUUUGCAGGAGAGUCAUGUCUAGUAAAUGGAGAAUUGUCCGUUCUCCAAUGCCUUAUUAACACCCUGCAAAUCCCAACAUCGAUGUCCGAAUCAUCACUCAGGGUUAUUGUGUUACCAUCGUUCGUAUUACCUUACUUUAAACUUGGUAUUGAACAAGAUGAAAUACUCAAAGCCUUGUUAAUCAAGCAAGAAACUGAAUGAAUUGAAUGAUUUUGCUCCUGUUUGCUAAUUCCUAUUUUUUGAAGUAAUUCUCAUAGGGGGCGUCUCGUUAAUUAGAGAGAGGUAUCUAAUACAAUAAAUUUUAACAGUGUAGAGGGGGUGUUUAUUAGAUAAGAGGUGUUUAUUUGGGAGGGGGCAUUUGUAAGGUCAUUUGCGGUAAUUGUGCUUAUUUAUUUAUUUAUUUAUGUAAUUUGUCUCUAACAUUUGUUGGUUUCUUUUGCUUCACUUAGGAAAAAAUCGUCAGUCAGGGGAUCACAAUAACAGCUCUGAGAAAGAUCAGAGGAAUGAAGGAAUAGUAAAUAACAAUGAGAGAAAUGCUGGUGAAAGUGGACGGGGAAGAGGAUCUCGUGAAGACAGAUGGAAUGAUCGGAAACCUGGUGGCAGAGGUUUGAAAUUUGUUUGUGCAUGUAAAAUGAUUUUUAUGGCUGUCUGGUAAUGUUUUAUGUUUUUAAAUCUACUUUCUAUUAUUUUUCUUUUUGCAGUGAGGUCUUCAAUGAUUUUGUUGUAUUUGCUUUCUCAUUAAAGAAUUGAUAUAGAUGGUGUGUUUUAAUUUUAGGUGGACCUCCAAGGCGAAGUGGAAGAGGAGGGGGAAGGCCAGGGUCAGUAUUAAUACUUAUAAAUUAUUUAGUGCAAUUUUGCAGUGUCCUCAUAGUGUGGCACUUGUGGUACUUGGCUGUUUUAUAUUGUGUUUUCUGUAUGGUGGAAUUUGUUAAAUGAAAUACUGAAAGAAUUUGCUGGCAAUACUGUUACAGUGGAAACUACAUAUUACAACCUGUUUCAAGCAGCCACCCUGUUUUAGACAACUUGUUUUUAAAGUGGUGAUUUUUCAGUAACAUCAGUCUUUGGUCAUUUUCUUCUUAAUUACAAAAUUUAGAGUGUCUUGGACUUAAACAGCCUUUAAUAAUAAUUGCAGAACUGUAAAGAUGGUAUACUACUUUGUUAUCUGGCCUUAUUAAGGGUACGUUCCUUUCGGAUAAUCUGGAUCAGGAUCAGUGAUCUGAGAUCACUUGGAUCGGAUGACGGAAGAUCAAAUGAACCAAUGAAUCCACUCUGGACAAGGAUUCAUGGGUUCAUUUGAUCUACCAUGAUCCGAGUGACCUUGGAUCACUGAUCCUGAUCCUGAUCAUCUCAAAGGAACGCAGCCUAAGUGGCUGUGGCUACCCUUAAGGUGGCUCGACUGGAUUUUUUAGGGGGGAUACCUCCCAAGUUUGUGCAUUAACUACGUCAGCAUGAGUAAAGAUAUGGGAAAACAGCGUGCAAAGAAAGUAGUGUCCGAUAGCCCGGGGCUAGUGGAUUUUUCUAUCGGGCCAGUGAAUUCUGUUUUUUACUUGCCCGACAGGCAAGUGAUGUUUUCUGAGGAAUUUGAAUAACAGAAGAACUGUGAAAUCAAUUGUGCUUGUCAAAAAGCUUUCGGGGCUAGUUGAAAUGAUGUCAGGACUAGUAAGUGCUAUUUCAGCUUGCUGGAAUGGCAAGCUGUAAAAAUGAUUUUCUUUGCACCCUGGAAAAAGGUCACCACAACUGUAUUAUAUAAAGAUGAAAAUUUCUUAUGAUCUGGGUUUUAUAGCGCCUUGCACUAAUGACGUCACAAAUUUUUGGUCCCUGCUGUGAUUCAGACAUUGAACCUGACCAGUAUAAGAGUUUUGUGUGGGAAAGUCACGUUGGCCAGCAAAUUUUUGUCGUCUUUGAAGAUUUUUAUCNCCUUGGAUCACUGAUCCUGAUCCUGAUCAUCUCAAAGGAACGCAGCCUAAGUGGCUGUGGCUACCCUUAAUGUGGCUCGACUGGAUUUUUUAGGGGGGAUACCUCCCAAGUUUGUGCAUUAACUACGUCAGCAUGAGUAAAGAUAUGGGAAAACAGCGUGCAAAGAAAGUAGUGUCCGAUAGCCCAGGGCUAGUGGAUUUUUCUAUCGGGCCAGUGAAUUCUGUUUUUUACUUGCCCGACAGGCAAGUGAUGUUUUCUGAGGAAUUUGAAUAACAGAAGAACUGUGAAAUCAAUUGUGCUUGUCAAAAAGCUUUCGGGGCUAGUUGAAAUGAUGUCAGGACUAGUAAGUGCUAUUUCAGCUUGCUGGAAUGGCAAGCUGUAAAAAUGAUUUUCUUUGCACCCUGGAAAAAAGUCACCACAACUGUAUUAUAUAAAGAUGAAAAUUUCUUAUGAUCUGGGUUUUAUAGCGCCUUGCACUAAUGACGUCACAAAUUUUUGGUCCCUGCUGUGACUCAGACAUUGAACCUGACCAGUAUAAGAGUUUUGUGUGGGAAAGUCACGUUGGCCAGCAAAUUUUUGUCGUCUUUGAAGAUUUUUAUCAUCAAAAGAAACAAAAUCCAGCUUGGUUUCAAUAACUUAUAUCCUGAAAAUAGUCAACGUGUGCCAAGAAAACGUUAAACAUGGAAAAAACUGUACAGAUGAGUGAUUUUAUUUCUAAUGUGGUGUCAUUACGGUGGGUAAAGUUAUGUGACGGCAUUUUACUAAGAAUAUAUGGAAUGCAGGGCUUCAAAGCUGUUCAUAAAACGUUAAAUUUAUAGUCAAAGGCUGCUCAAUUGUUUUUGAGUGCUUAUGUUAUGCUACUUUGAUAGUACUACAGGAUAUAAGUACUGCAUGGUACCUUCCUGACCACACAACAGCAGAACAAAAUUAUACAAGAUUAUACUGAGACAGAGCUGGGGAUCCAAUUUCAGUAGGCUUCUUUGAUCAGGUCGCUUUAUUUUCUGAUGUUAACCAUUUAUUCAAGUUACUUGGACCAGGUUUUGCUCCUUAUAGCAGUAAUGCCUUUUAUAUACUAGUAAUAGUUGACACUACAGCUGCCCCCAUUCUGUAUAUUGUCGGUCAAUAGUAUUCUUGCUCGUUGUGUAGCUCUUUGAAAUAAUAUACUGAUUCACAAUGAAGAUUUUCACACAUAUUCCAUACAAUAGGUGAGAUAAAUACAGGAAACGCAAGGUUCCAUGCACAGUUUCAGCUCGAUUCACACAGCUUUGAUCAAAACAUUCUCAGUUUCGAGAAUAGUUUAUUCUAAACCAUAAGAAAAGAUUUAAUUAGAAGUUGAAUAUUUCACUAUUUCUCUUUCACUUUUUACAUUCAGUUUAUUUUAUUUGCUGGAAAGUAAGCCUUAGAAAUUAAAAGGACGUUUGAUCGAUUCACGCUCGCGCAUUCUAGUCUUAUUUUAAACUUUACAACGGAAGGACAUCUGUGAGCAGGGAAUAAGUCAGCACAGAAUUUGAUUUUUGGCAAAUUUCUGUAAUCGUCCAUUGUUCUGCUAGUGAUAAGCUAGCCGUUGUUCACUCGUCUUGCUUGUUUGGGGCUGAGUCUUAUUCCGAUCAAAGAGAGAGAAAGAGUGUCCGGCAAGGUUUCCAAUAUAAAUCAAAGAUUUGUGAACUCAUGUCCGGCAAACUCUCCAAGUAUUUAUAUAUACACAGUUAAACGUACCUUAUAACCUCAUCUGCGCUCAACGAGUGUCUUUUGGUCCAUAACUUUCGAAACAACUGCUCCACAGAAUGUCACUGCGUAACGCAAAAGAGUAUCGAAGUAUGACUGCACAAUAAAUAUCACAAAAUCUACCUGAGCAGUUCCUUUGAGAUUUUAUGUCUUUACGUCAUCCUAACCAUUUCGUACUUGCGGGCCCAAACAAUAGAAACGUCAUCAUUACCUACCGAUUCCUCACGGCCCCUGUUCAAGCAAAUCAAGAUUUUUUCUAUAUUGACUGUAUGACUGUAUAUUUCAACUGUAAGUACUUUCCUCAAUAUACGCACGAGUUACUACAGUGCCUCCUCGGGUUUCGCCUUCUGGGUGAAAUCCCUGAGGGGGCAAUUAGAAUAAAGCUCAAAAAAAAUUUAACAACGCUCAUUGCGAAUUUUAUGAACAAUUUUCAUACAAAGCCUUUAAGUAGAAUGCAAAGUUUGUCUGAGUCACUCAGGGAGCCUAAGGUGACAAAACCUAUUUUUAGUAAUAGUGCAAAGCGGUAUUGCAAUCGGAAUCGCCAUGGCAACGUAAUGACACCAUAACGAUUUUUAUUUAUCUUUGUGUUUCUCUGUAGUUUUCGCUAAUGGAGCAUGUACCUGCCAUAAUUGCGUCAAUUAUGGCAAGGUUUAAACAAAUUCAUGAAAACGGUAACAUAGCAUGCUAUCCACAAAAUUAGCUAAUAUUUUAAGAAAAUGAUAAACUUUGGAAAAACGCCUUCAUCUCAUAGUGGUUUGAUUCCAUUGAAAACUGCAUACGAAAAAAGAGGGUAAUUGCUCUGGGCGAUUGCAAGUAAGAAGAAUUUUAUUGACCUGCAAUCAGCUGCUCUUGUUACAGUUUUUGCACGUAAUUUGGUCCGUGCCUACCAAUUUUACAUUAUUGAAAAAACCGCUCAAUAAUUUUUUUUAUAAACUUGACAAUCCCAAGAUCAAUAAAUGUACCCUGAAAGUUUAAAAAACAUUGGAAACAGGGAAGGCUUUUAAAUAGGGCCUCAAAUAUAACCAAUUUUUCCCUUAGAUGUUGAGUUUACAGGUGAGCAUUCUCAUUAUUUACUGGCAUUGUUUUCAAGUUUCAUAUGCAUGUGCACAGUUAGCUAAAGAAGUAAAUUUGCAUUUAAAAGAACUCAAGAUUACUUGUUGAAGAAAUAUCGUGAAUAUGCUAAUAAUUGGCUUGUGUCACGGACACCAGUGAGAGCCGAAACAGUGAACGUCACAACUCAUCAUGUAGGAUGCAAUAUUGAAUUAUUAUCUUACUCGGGUGUAAGAGUUGCUGUGAUGUUAUAUUAUAUAAGUAGUUUCUUUCCCUGGUUAUUAGCAUAUUCCAGAGAUUUUUUUGGGAAAGUAACCGAGGGUCCUUUUUGAUGCAAAUUUUUUUUGCUAGUUGUGCACAUGUGGCAGGUAUAUACUCCCUUAAGCAAUUUCUUAAAAAAAAGAUAAAACAAAGAUAAAUAUAAAUCGUAAUGGCGUCAUUACAUUGCCAUGGCGACUCCGAUUGCAAUAAAACCCAGAUCAUAAGAAAUUUUAAUUUUUAUGUAAUAUAGUUGUGGUGACCUUUUCGCCAUAUCUUUACUCAUGCCGAUGUAGUUGAUACUCAAACUUGGGAGGUAUCCCCCCUAAAAAAUCCAGUCAAGCCACCUUAAGCAUUCCUGUUUUGUUGUUAGUGGUGCUCUUAUUUUCCCCUUGUAUUGAGUCCACCAUUGCUUGGAGACCUAAAUAAUCAAGUAACCUGUUAUUUUUUGCAUCCCUAAUUAAAAAUAACUGAAACUAAACUGAAACAGAUGUAAUACGUCAUGACUUAAGAAAUAGUGAGGCUACAGAAUGAUUAACCAUUCAUUGUUAUUGUAAUCAGUAAGUCACGGGAACACUGUAUACUGUAUAUACCAUAAGUAGAGGACAAUUAAUUCCAGCACGUAAAGUUGUGGUUCUUCUAAUGCUGCAUUUACCGUUUAGCAACUUUGUUGAAAGCAUAUUGAAUUGCCUGAAAGCAUUAGCUGUGCUGUCUUAAUGUUUGCUGAAAUAAAUGGUGGUUGUAUGUUAUGAAGUGAUCCUGUAUUAAGAAGCCAGUUUUUUAACUCCCCAGGGUGGUCAGUAUAAUAUAAGAACCAUUGCAACUUUAAACUUGCUCAUUUUUGUGGGCCAUAAUAAUUUUAGGCGGUCAUUCCAAUCCCGUGGCCGUGAUAGACCUAACAGAUUUGGUGGAGGUAACAGAAAUGCUUCAAAUUCCACAGCAGUCAAUGGACCAACAGUAAAUGGUAGGUUUCCUGUUUAACAUGGUGUAGAAGUCUGAAAAGGUUGUUGGGUAGGCAAAAGUGUAAGAAAGACCUGAUAAGGUGUGAACUGGUGAGGUCAGAAGUUCCAAUGUUCCCUCUGCAGCUGACAAUGUCAUACUUGUUCAGUGCCUUUCUUUACAUGAGACUGUGCCUGAGAAAGCCUUUUCAUGCUAGGUUUAUUAUUAUGGAAUAUGAUACAGUUAUGUGUUAGGUAUUUCAAAAGUAUGCAAAAAGAAAAAUGAAGCAGAAAAAUGUAAGAAACUUUAGUUGCUAAUUUAAUAGGCCUUGUAAAGAGUGUACCAUUUUAUGAAGAUGGUUAAAAAAUCAAAUUUAUCUAAAAAUGUAGAGCAAAAGACGAUUGCUGCUCAAGUAGAUCUAGUAGCCUGCAUGGUAGGCAGUUUUUUGGUUUGUUUUUCUUUUGUAGUUUGUAAAGUAAAGAGAUUCAGCCCUGUGAAAGCUGAACGGAGGUCAGAAAAGGAGAAGGUGCCAGGGAAGGAAGGCAGAAUUGUCCUUUGUUGAGCUUUUGGGUGGCUGUUUAUAUAUCUUUUAUAAUACAAACGAAAAACACACCAAAAAAACACUCACAUUGUUUGUAUAAUAAUAAAAAUGGGGAAAAAUAUGUAGCUAGGUUACAGAAGUUGAGCCCUUGGGUUCAGAAAGAAAAUGCAAAGCAUGUUUCAACUGGUAUUUGCACAGCAGCUGCAUUUUAUCUUGGGUAUAUCAUUUCAACUUAAGAUAAUAAAAUAUUUUAUCACAUAAAUUCUCUAAACAGUGUAUCCACAAGUUGCCCAUAGUUUUUAGGGCCAGUUAUUUAAAUGGCGUUUAGCGCUUGUUUAACAAAACCAUGUUCUAAACUAUUUUGAGUUUUCCCAAUGUUUUUAUUUAAACACCAUUUAUCAAGAAUUAUUUUGAAAGCACUUAUUUUCUGAAAUUAACACAUUAGGAAAGAGAUCUGGAGGUCCAGUGAUUUCUUAAACCACUGACUAAGUUAGACUUUGUUUAAAUAACUGACCCUAAGAGGUCAUCAUAAUUAUUGGGCAGACACAAGUUCCAGCGAUUUUUGCUUUGCUUGGUGUGAGGGCUUCACUGUCAUGAUUAACUCCAGCUUUUUCAACCCCACCACAUUCUUUGCCAAGUUCAUUAUUGAUUUUAUCCAGUUGUCACCUCCUUUUUCAAAGUUGUUGGUUUUCUUUUUCAGUUUUUGUUCACCAGUCAUCUUCUUUAAAGAUUAGUAUAAUUAUUAAGAUAGUUAAUAGAGCAUGAAAAUAUGGUACUCCUCUGCUUUAAGCAGUUAUUUUUUGUUCUGAUUAGGUGAAGAAAUGUGGGGGGAUGAAGAUAGUACAAGCAAACAGACUGAGACAGAAGGUAAUAUCAAUGAAUACGGCAGGUUUUCAGUCAGUGGUGAAUGCAUUGUUUACAUUCCUUGGUUUUCGAAGUAUGACAUUAUUUUUGUAAUAUUAAUACACUGUAAAAUUGGAUUAAAAAGGUAAAUCAGAAGUUACAGCACCAACAACAGAGGAGUGGGGAGCUGAGGAAUGGAGUCCUGUUAAGCAGGUAAAAUAUAGAACUAAACAGGCUGUUGAGACAUAUGUAAAAAUUGUAAAUAUUUGUUUACCAAUAAAGCAGGUAAAAACUCUCAAGAACCUGUUAACAUGUUUGUGUGUUCUAGAUUGAAUUGGAAUAUUUAUUGUCUUUAGAGGAGAGGAGAAAACUGCAGAACCUAGUGAAAAACCUCCAGGAGCAAAGGAGAGAACUAAUAAUAACUCAACCCAUACAUGGCAUUGCAAUGGGCAUUCAAACCCCAGCAAACUUUGGUGGGAGGCCAUUGCACUCACAACUGCCACAACCUUUUCUUCUUGGACAAAGACAUUUCACUUUUAAUUUUUAUUUAUCAAAACAUCUUGUCAUUGGGUCUGUGUGGUGAGGAUGUGCAGUUUAAAGCUCAUUAGAACAAAGUUUGUGUUCAAAUUUCCAUGCCUAGUGAGAUGUGUAAGCUAAAGGAUGCUUAUUACAAGUAUGAUCCUCAUUGUGAAGUAAUUAAAAUCAACAUAAACUUACCAAAUAUGAAGUGAUCUGAAAGUGUCGUAACAUUCUUGUCACGUGCAAAGAAAUUCAGCAUUGAUGGACAUUACUACAUUGAUCACUGACACUUUGCCAGGGUCUACAAUAAACAUUGCAAUACUUCCUUCAUCUGUCAGAAGGUCUAACCUGCCUUCACUAGCAUCUCAUUGGAUCUUACCAGAAGCAUAUAACCCUGAAGCAUAACUCUGUCCCAUGCUGGGGAUUUUUAGGAAACCAAUCAAAAUUAAUUUUACUCCCUAAUAUGGAAUUACUGAGAGCAAGAAUGUCGUAUGAGUGCUUAGGGAAAACUUUUAAUGUGAUGUAAAUGAUGUGCUGUAAAAACCAAUUACUGUUUUACGACGUAAUAUUUGAUGAAAAAUAUAAUAUUAUUCCCCAUAUGACCAGGAUUGACUUCCUCCCAACAAGACAAAGUCGACUCAUGGCAUGCACCAUAAGAGAAGUGAUUUCUUGAAGUUGUCACUUCAAAAAACAGUUUUUGGGUGACCAUUGGUGCAAAUAACCUUAAGAAUCACUUACUAACUAUCUAGAAUAACUAGUAACACAUAUUUUCAAAUAAAUUUCACUAGAUGGGUUUGCAGGUAGUAGCUUGAGGAUGAUCCUUGUCAGUAAAACAGGUUGCAGAUGCAUGUUGGUGGCUGAUUUCAGCGCGAGGCUUCACAAUAUUGUGAAGAAACGUAAACAUCCUUGUCUUACUCUGUCACUGUUUGAUGUUUUCAAGCCAUACCACUUAACUUUGUGUCUCUUUAUGUUUUCCUAGGGUUGCAUUUAUAGCAGCGUAAUUACUUUAUCUUUUAUGCCCCGAAACGAUUUCUUUCGGCCGUAGACAUACAUGUAUACAGCGUUACAAGCUCAAAGUUUUUAGCCUUAAAUUCUCUGAUUCCAUAUUUUGGCAAAAAAGCUUCCGUGCUUCUGAUUGGAUGGCUACGUCAGCUAAAAAUCUUCAGCAUGGUUCUCAACAGAUAAGGGGAAUUUAGACACUUCAGGGUUAUAAUUAUGCUUCUGAUCGUACAUUAUGUUCAUCAAGCUGCAAGAAUCCAAGGUCUAGUGGAUUGUAAAAGAUACUGUGAAAAAGCACUUUCUCAAACAAAUAAAUUUUACAUUUUUGUUUUGCAGUCAGUGUCAUCAAGCACCAAUGAUGCAUUGUUCAGUGGCAGUACAGGUACAGAUUCCUGGCCAGUUAGUUCUGAUAGCACUGUUGUGUCAUGGGACACACAGACAGUCAAUGAUUCAACUGCUUCUACAGCACCAACCUCAGACACCAGACAAAAAGCCACUGAUAACUCAACACACUGUCUUGAGAGGUAUUAAUGAUGCUGAGUAUGAUAUAAAAUAAUUGUGUGUAUCAGGAGGGGGGAGGGGUGUUAUCCAGAGAGACUGAGGGCUGAGGUGGUCAACAGUCUCUGAGAUCUGCAAAAUUCUUCAUAUCAUUGAAAAGCCAUAUGCAAUAUUCUUUUAAUAUUCAUACAAUAAUUCAUAUUUCAUAGUUCUUAGCAACCUCACCUCCUUGUAGACGUUCUUCAAAACAUUUGCCUGUUUAUUGGUAUGGUUUCAGAAUAUGAACAUUUUGCAGAUACUUCUCAAAAGAUGACUUCUGUCUUGCAAAAUUUUUUGUGCAUUGUUGCAUUUCUUCCAUUCAGUUUAAGUCAGAAAAUGGCUCUUUAUCUCUGGUUAGCUGUGAAUUAAAGAACUCUCUCGUCAUUUCCUUGAGUUUAUUUGUGCCAAAAGAGCUAGGCUGCAGCACUGCUGCCUGGAAAUGAGGUUGCAUGUAUAUAGUGGGGGGGGCAAUAUACCAUGUUAUCAAUGGUAUAUUGCUCCCAUCUUCCAAAUUUGAUCAGUGCCAGCUGGUCAUGAAGAGUGAGGUGGAGUAUUAUAAUUAAAGCUAAUCAGAAACUGCAAAAAACUUUGAGUGAAUGAUGAUUGUUUCGCAUGUUAGCUAGGAUGUUGUUAACUUCCUUUUCUGAGCUGUAAUUUUCUAAGUGAAAAUAUUGGAUUUUUCUGUUAUUUCAAGUGAUGACAUGGCAAUAAUACAUGCCAUACCAUGUGGCCAUACAAAUCAAGCUGGUGGUAAAGAUCAGUUCUCUUCUGUCGAUUUGCCAAUACCACGUAUCCCACUUCCGGGUGAACGACAGUCCUUACACAACCAUCAAGACUGGAUCAGCAAACUGAUGGAUAAAGUGGUUCUUUCCUCGUCAGUUGGAGUGUCCCCUAAAGAUUCUUUGACAACAAUUCAAGCUCAGCCACAGAGACAGCCACGUCCUAGCAGGACAAAGAAAACACCAAAGAGUCAGGUACUGUACAGACAGUAUUUUUAGCUUGCAAUAUAAUUGAGUGAAAUAUUUUCCUUGAGCUGAUGAGAGUUUUCUGUUUUCAGAUUCCUGUUCAAGCUGUGGAGAUGCCAGGGUCUAUGAAUGACAAUCUUGAUGUACAAGUGAGUGUUUAAAAAUACACAUUUAAGAAAAACAACCACAAUCUAUUCCCUCUAAGUGCUAACUAUGCACACUUUUUCAUAAUUGCUUUUAGACAUUAGUAAAGUUUGUUGGAAGUAACAACUAUUUACAUUACAAAGAAAUGGUGUUUUAUCUCCAAAAAGCCACAGUUCAACAGUUUCUUAUCCCUUGUUUCAGUCACCUUUCCUUACCUUCAGGCAAAGACUCAACCCUCAAGUAUUUUCUUCUAUUUAUGUCUUGAACAUUAUUUUGUCAUCUCUUUAGUUUGGAAAUGUGGAAUUUGGUGGUGAUUCUGUCAGCAGUCCACGGAAAAAAGAGGUGCGUAAUGAGAAAUAAAAAAUUUAUUUUGCAUCCAGCUGCAAAUAUCACUAACAGUAAGUUAGUUUAGCCUGUACUGCAGAUAUUUUCUUCUGGUGCAUGAAUAUUUCUGUUCACAUAACUGCCAUGCUAAAUUCUAAAAAAGUUGAAGAGUUAGGGCAUACCAAAGGGUUUGGCAGGGUUCGUGUGGGUCAUGGAAAACCUGGAAAGUCAUGGAAUUGAAGAAUUUCAUUUAUCAGGCGUGGAAUUAAGUCAUUGAGUUUUUAAAUUGCUGUGUCAGCAAGUGUAGGCAACGAAAGUCUAUGUAACACGCAGGUAAGUGUGUUACCAAGGGAAAAUCUUUGGCUGCCCAGACUGUUAAAGAGUUUAACAAUUCAAUGCAAGCUUAUAGUUUUUGUUUUAUUCACUAAACACAGGAGUUCCCUCCUGCUCAACAAGAGGACAUAAGAGCUGAGGAACCAAGGUAAUUCAAUGUUAUUGUUAGGUAAUUACAUCCUAGGAAUCAGCAAAUGUUGCUCUGUUGAGAAAUGUUUUUUUCCUGUUAGAGGGUUAAUGACAACAUCACACUAUUUUCUAUUGGAAAUAAGUGGCCUUAAGCAUACAUAGAACUUAUGAACUUAACCUUUAGUUCAACCAGUAGCAGUGAGUCCCCAAGCCCACCAUUGCCAUCACAGCAUACUGCGUCGAGUCUUCCAUCCUCGCCAAUUGCCACUCCCAUUACCAUAGCAACCUCAACUUCAGCUGGUUCAAGUUUGACAUCAUUAGAAGAGAGUUCAUCAAGGCAUUUCCAGCAUCCAUCUCCUCGGACUCAACAGCAGUCAAUCAGCAUAUCACAAGUAACAAAGGUAAUAAUAUUAUUCACAGUGAUUUUUCUCCCGCUUUUUAAAGUGCUCCAUCAUGAUAUCAUCUGUGUGUUAGUAUUUCCUUGGCAAAUUUAGCUAGAAUUGUGUAAGAGGCCUUAUGGCUGAUGGAUUGGAUGUCUUUUGUUUCUGUUUUUCUGUAACUAAUUGAGAUAUGUGUCAUUUUCUUGUAGCCAAUUACACCAGAGCCAAUUCCCCUGCCACCCCAGAUAGACACAAGGGAGAGUUCCGUUCCAAGCAAAUCACCGCUCUCUAGUGACCAACAGAAAUCAUCUCCCAAUCUUCAGUCAUCUACCAUUUCCUCACCAUCACUGAGUGCUGCAACAAACCAUAACCAAGUAGGUUCUUCAUCACCAAUGAGGUCAACGUUGUCUUCAUCUUUGCAGAAGGACAUCAGCCUAGAGACAAGGCCUUACCAGGUACAUUAAAAGUAAUGAUAUCGAUGUCAAAUAUUUACAAGAACUGUGCUGGCCAUAAUGGGGGGUAUUUUUUUUUUUACUUUGGCAGCUUGAACUAAAACCAGCUUGUCACUUUCAAGUGAAAAAAUAUUGUUUAUGAUCUAAAUCUGAGUAAAUUUUUUUCGUAUAAACUACAGUAUGGCAGGAAACUUAUAGGGCCAGGUAUUUAGAUGUAUUUUAGCUAGCGUUUAACAAAACUGCUUUCUAAGACUUCAAUUUGACCAACGGUUAAUCUAAACACAAAAAAGUUUUAUGAAAGCAGUUAUAGAGUAGACUACAAAAGCAUUUAUCUUCUUAAAAUAACCCACUGAGGAAGAGAUCUGUGGGUUCAAAGAUUUGUUAAACCACAGCUUAAGUUAGACUUCAUUUAAAUAACAGGCCCAUAGUUUUCAUUUCAGCUGUGACAUAAAGCUCACCAGUAAAGAGUCAGUGUAAUGCUGGUGAAGUAAAGCAAGUGUCUGUUAAGUUACUAUUUUCCAAGUAUUGUUUUCACUUACAGAAACAUGUAACACAGCCAUCAGUACCGUCAACAAAAGACAAGCUUAGCUCCAACUCACUGAGCAGCUCCACUGUUUCCUCUGGUGUAUCUAGAAAUGAAGGUCUGUCUUCUGUGGAACCACUUCACCCCCCUCCUGGGGUCACUGUUCCUGCUAAUAUGAAUCAAGUGACAAGCUCAUCAUCCUCUGGUUUUACCACGGUAACAAUGUCUGGCACAGGCAAACCACUUUCACAUACCAGUGAGUUUUUACUUUUAAAAUUUCUAUUUUUUUUUUUUGUAUAAUUGUCUCUCACCGAAGAGUUUGAGAAUCCAUGUUCUAGCAACAUUUCUUGUCUAUUACACAAUAGUUUUGGGCCAUGGAUGGUUUUAUAAAAGUAAUGGUUUUUGCUCCUGGUGUAUCACACUAAACAAAAAUUAAGUCUUCACGGUAAGUAUAGUAUGUACUUAAAGAAUUGGGGAAAAAAUAUUAAGUCUUCACCAUAAGUCGGUAGACCUUUAAUAGCAAUACUAUAGUAAGUAGUAAUAACCAAAGGUUAUGGAGUGCAGACAACAACGAUCAAAGGUGAAAACACUUUGAACCAUCACUGUGCUUUGCAUAAGUUCCAUGUGACAGAUAGCCGAAACAUGUGAUCAGAUUACGAGUGACAGAAGGUCCGAACACGCGUGAUCAAAUUGCAUUCUGUGCAUUCCAUUCAUUCUUAGUGGAAGUCUAAACAAAUGCUGCCUACAUACAUGCGACGCAUGUGUAAUAACAUCCCAGAGAUUAGGACUGCAGGCUUCUCUUGUUGCCUGCUAUUAUUCUGUAAAUAAAAAAGAAAUUUUCAUUUCUUUUUAGUAAAAUUUUGCCAUAAUUCCUAUCCAAAUAAUAAUGUUGUGUUUAGUUGAUGAAAUGAUCCAUUUUUCUUGGUUGGUGUUCAUUAUGUUGAUUUUAUGGUUAUUUGUUUACAGCAAAACCAUCAUUACCACCUGGUGUGUUACCACUAAACCACUUAUAUGGCAUGCAACAAGCAGGACUUAUCCAUGCUUAUGUAAGUACUAAACCCUAGUAUUAGUACAUGUCUUAUGCUCAAGUUCCUAGGCCAACAGGAGCAGGGUUGAGAAUGAACUGACACAUACCUGUAUUUCUAUUUUGUUUUUUCUUUGCAGCCAUUACCAUAUGGCUAUGAAGACCUCCAGAGACUACCAAUGGUAAGAAUUGUUUUGUGAUGCCUUAUUACAUUGUGUAAUUGAUGUUGUUUGAUGACAUUCUUUAUAGAGCUCGCAAUUGAUGGGAAAGACAAGAGCAUUAAAUUGGGAUAUUAUGCUACUUGAAAUGACAGUAUGGUUUUCAGUAGAAUCUGAAUAAAACUUAAAGUGAGAACCAAAAUUUUAUAUCAUAAUUAUUUCCAGCACUAAACCAAAUUUUCUGUCGUUACUUUUGCUUUAGUCUCCAUACUAUGACAUACCACCUUUCCAAGCAGCAGGUAGAGAUGGGCUUUCUACAACAUUUCAUGGUAAGUCUACCUUAAUGUGCACUUAAUUUGUGUUAUAAAUAAGUGAGUGCUGAUGAUCGAGAAAGUCUUCAAAUCCAUGUGAAUGGCAAGUUCUUUAAAAGAAAGUAAGAUUAACCAGGAAUUGAAGAAAAUGUCUUUAACCCUAGCAAGGAUUGAACUUGUGACCUCUGAAUGAGAUCUUCCACAGCUGAAACGGGCUGAGCUUUAAGGGGAAUUGGGGGCAGGUCAUAAAAAUAUAAAAUAUAGGUGUUCAAGUCGCGGUAAUGCAGAUGUACUGUGUGAAUUAAUUGUGUGAGCUUCAUAUUAUUGGUAUGAAGUCAUGCAAGUGCUGUGUAGGUUACAGGCUUAAUUUGUAGAGUUUCACGUUGCCUAGUAUAAUGUGCUCUAAGAAAAAUUUGAGGGAGUCAAAAAUCUAUCAACCUGUUUAUUCAGGGAGCCUAGGUUUUGUGUUACUGUGAACUUUGACUAAAUCUGGAUCCCAUCUUGGUGUGUAGAGAGGUACUUAGAAUGGAUGGAAUGCAGACACUGUCAGUGCAGGGAUGAAAACUCUUUUUUGAUACAAAUUAAAUUGUCUCAUUACAUCAGAGAAAGGGUUUAAUUCUUUGUGUUCUCAACAGCCUGACUAAACUAGAUAUGUUCAUAGUUGAAGGGAACUGUGUUAAUGGUGACAGUAAAAUUAAUAUCCGUAGAGCUAAAAUAAAUGUGUCUUAAUUUCUCGAAUCACUGAAACAGGAGAGCAAAAGUUUGGUAGAACAGAUGCAUCUUCACCAGUGCCAACAUCCCUGAACCAGGCAGUGACUGUUCCGCAAGCUCAUCUCCAACAACAGGCAUUUAUUAAUGCUACUACAAUGCCUCCUUAUUAUGGUGGACUGGCUUUUUACCCAGGAGCUGGGAUGAUGGCGGGUGGAUUCCCUGCUUAUACUACACCUAUGUACCAGGUACUUCAUGCAAAUUAAUUAUUUCAAGUUUACUUUUGGAAUAAACAGAACCAAAGUUAUGUGUUCCUUCUUGAUUAAGCCCUUGCAAUUUAACAUUCACUUUACUUUUGUUUAAUCUCAACAUUGUUCAGAUGCCAACAAAAACCCAUGGAAAUGCUUCACAAUAUCAGUCAGCUUACACGUCUGGUCAACAUGGAUCUCACAACUUUGCUUCUGGUAAUUUACUCUGAAUUAUUGUCAAUAAAUUCAUUUCUUGUUUAUUCAUAAAUUUGUGGUCAAUAAUUUUUUUUGUUAGAAGCACAGUUUUGAUCUUUUGUUUCUCUCUUUCUGCAGCAUAUGAUGAUUUAGGUCAAACCCAUGAUUUUGGAAAGUCUGGUUAUCACACAUCUGUUUCCCCAUCACAAAGCAAGUCUAGCGCAGGUUUGGAUUAGUCACUGUUUAUUUCUGUUGCAAAUUUAAUAUUCUGGGACAGGGACUUAAUGUAGAGGUCUUAAGUCAUGUUCCUAGCCAAACUGUUGCCAUGAAAGUAUUUUCCUUGCUGCCGGGGAUCAUUGUUAUGCUUAUUAUUUUGUUCUUUGCUAAUGAUGUGCAACGUGCUUGUCUUCCAGGUGCAUCUGUAAGUAGCACUUCAGAUCUCUCAGGACCUUCAUAUAAGCCACAAGUUGGAAAGGUAUGCAGAAUAAAUUUUGAGACUAUAGACACCAUGGGUCAUUGCCAAUUUCAUUAAUUAAAAUGAGCAGGUGAACUUUCGUUCAUCUUUUAGAGAAAUAUCCCUUUUUAGGAUUCAAUUGGCAAAAGGCUUUUAAAACAAUGAAAUGUAUGUGGGUUAUUUUUGUAAAAUGAUGUCACUGUGAAAAUAGCCCAUUGUUUUGAUGGCUCCCAUUAUGUUAUUGAAAAUGUUGUUGAUCUAGGGAAGGGAUUGUGUAAGCCUGAUUAAAUUAUAUUGAAUAUUUAAAUCUAUUCUUUCUCUUGUUCUUAGUUCAGUGACAACAAACCAUUUAUGGGUGGGACACCUCCACCAGGCCCAGCUCUGAAUCUAUCCAUGACAGGACAGCAUGGCCCUCUGGGUAGUUACCCUCCCACAGGACACCCAUUUAUGUCAAUGAUGACCCAUGUGCAGCAGCACCCUCCACCGUCUCACUACCACCACCAUAUGGCUCAUCAUAUGGAGACUGGACAGCCAGGCACAUCACAGAGAGGGUCUCAGGGACAAGGGCCUAAACAGGGACAGAAUAAAGGGCAUCAGGGUAGUUACCAAGGAUCACCGUUUUGGUCUGGGACAAAUUAAAAUGGCAGCAGCUUCAUUGUGAUGCACUUGGCGCCCAGCAUAAAGUGCCGUGUAAUAAUUAUUGGCCUAGUGUGGUGCUGGUCUAUUCCUCCUUAACUGUGUGAAAUGUGUUCCCUAGUGAGCUUCAAGUAAUGUUAUAUCAGAACCUUUUAGGAUGUAAAUGAUGUGUACAGGCCCACUUACAACAAGCAUGUAAAUCUGUUUUGCAAUAAUUUAAUGUUUUUCUUAGGUAGCCACUGUAAGGAUUUUACAGAUUGUAAUCUUUGAAAUAAACCUGAGUAAUUUACAAUG